GAGCAUGGGGAGACCCUGCCAUGGGUGGAGAUGGGACCACACCACCUUGCUGUGGCUUUGAGAUUCUCCAGAACUGCUGGGGCACCCGACAGAGUCAAAGGAACAGGAGAGUUCAACCCGAGUCAGCCAGACCCGAGGCUUUCCCUCACCCCCACAGGUCUCAGGCCGAGAACACAAAAAUAGGACCUAACUGCACCUACUCACAGAAGUGUGGGACGGGGGUUGGUACUUUGCCCCAGCUAGAGGCUCCGGUCAAGCAAGUUUUGGUGACCAAUGGCAAACUUCUGCAUUCGAAUGGAACCUUACCCAGUAUCGUCAAACAGCUGGUGCAAAGCACUCAAGGGAAUCAGGAGGAGAGGCCGAGGCCGCAGUUCCCCAGUCGCUUUGGUUCAUCUGUGGAAAACCUCUCCGAAUCCUUAACUAGGAGCAUCAUCAAUAAGUUUGAGAAAAACAUGACAUACAAAGGACAAAUACUACCCAAACAACCAACAACGGCACUGAAGCACUUCCAGAACCAGCUAACAGAAUUUGAGAGGGAGGAGAUCAUGGACUACUCUGAGAUCUGGUAUCUGGGUUUGGACACUAAGAAGAUUGAGGGCUCCCAGGGAUCCCCACAGAAUUCAGGCUAUGACGAUGAACAUGGCAGCUACUUAAAGGUCCUGCAUGACCAUAUAGGCUAUCGCUAUGAAGUCCUUGAGGUGAUUGGGAAAGGAUCAUUUGGCCAAGUCUUGAAAUGUUUGGAUCACAAGACAAAUGAGAUGGUGGCCAUCAAGAUCAUUCGGAAUAAGAAGAGGUUCCAUCAUCAGGCUCUUGUAGAGCUGAAGAUCCUAGAUGCCGUGCGGAGAAGAGACAGAGAUAAUUGCCACAAUGUCAUUCACAUGAAGGAAUACUUCUACUUCCGCAACCACCUGUGCAUCACUUUCGAACUGCUAGGAGCGAACCUCUAUGAGCUUAUUAAGAAGAACAACUUCCAGGGCUUCAGUCUGGGGUUGAUUCGCCGUUUUGCUCACUCACUGCUCAAGUGCCUUCAGAUGCUGCACAAAGAGAAGAUCAUCCACUGUGACCUUAAACCGGAGAACAUUCUCCUGUCCCAGAGGGGACAAGGAAACAUUAAGGUUGUUGACUUUGGAUCAAGUUGCUAUGAGCAACAGAGAGUGUACACUUACAUUCAGAGCCGUUUCUACCGCUCACCAGAGGUGAUUCUGGGCCAUCCGUACAGCAUGGCAAUAGACAUGUGGAGUCUGGGUUGUAUUUUAGCAGAGCUGUACACUGGCUAUCCCCUCUUCCCAGGAGAGAGUGAAGUGGAGCAGAUCGCAUGUAUCAUGGAGAUUAUGGGACUUCCUCCAAAUGACUUUGUUCAAACAGCAUCAAGACGGAGGUUAUUUUUUGAUUCCAAAGGUAACCCAAGGAAUAUCACCAACAGCAAAGGGAAGAAACGUCGCCCCAACUCAAAAGAUCUUGCCAGUGUGUUGAAGACCAAUGAUCCUCAAUUUCUUGACUUCAUUCGACGCUGCCUUGUAUGGGAUCCCACAAAACGCAUGACACCUGAUGAAGGGUUGCAGCAAGAAUGGAUCACAGAGGGACGUCUCAACAAGCUCCAUCCUAGACCUCGGCCUAUCCGGAAAGACAUUGACAACAAUUAUGAAAUCACUUACCGCAAAGCGACUUUAAACAGGACAGCUGAUAAAUCUGGUUCUGACGACAAACUUAAGAGGGUCAGUGACACUUCAAGCAAAGGAGGCAAGAUGGCAUCAGAAGAGCGUCUGCGUCCAAUAGGAGCAUCAGCCGAUGAAGACAACAGUGAAGAUACAGGCAAAAGUGUGAGCAAAGAUAGCAAGUCGGACUCAAGUGGAGAGCACUCCGUUCAGAUCAUCAUCAAACCUCAGACAGGCUCAAGCACUGAUUCUUCAGAAGGACAGGAGCCUCAGUUUCUCCCUCCUCUUGUAUAACACCCUUAAGAAAAGAACAAGUAAUGUUUUUAUAACGUAUGGUUUAUACUUCAGCCGCUUGGUCUGGACUU